AUGGAAGAGAAGGCUUUCCGCUUCCGCCGCGGGCCGGAAGUUGCUGUUUCCCGGGUGAACAGAGCCGUCGCGACGAGGAAAGCGAGCGCAGGUCCAGCCCCUUGCUGACAUGGGACGCAGAAAGUCAAAGCGGAAGCCGCCACCCAAGAAGAAAAUGACAGGCACCCUCGAGACCCAGUUCACCUGCCCCUUCUGCAACCACGAGAAGUCCUGUGACGUGAAAAUGGACCGUGCCCGCAACACCGGAGUCAUCUCUUGUACUGUGUGCCUGGAGGAGUUCCAGACGCCCAUCACGUAUCUGUCAGAACCAGUGGACGUGUACAGCGAUUGGAUAGACGCCUGCGAGGCAGCCAAUCAGUAGCGACUCAGAGGGCCCACCCCCUCGGCAGCCCGGCCUGCCACGGCCCCGCCCUCUGGGUACCAAUCUAGAGACAUUCCAGGGGUCCAGGGUGUGGGUCUGGGGCUCUUGCAGCCCUGUGUGUGUGUGUGAGUGUAUGUGUGAGUGUGUCUGUGUGUGUGUGUGGCUGUGAGGGCUCACCUUGGGGGUGUGCUCAUGGAAUUGGGAUGGAGUUGAGGGGCUGCUGGGCCUGGGGGGCCUGAACUGGCCUUUCUGGGUGCCAAAACCCUUGGACUUCUGGGCCCCCGGCUCCUCUGGGGUGGGGGCUGUUUCCUGACACCUGGGCAGAGAGCAAGCAGAGGCGGGUGGGGCCUCUCCAGCACCCUGCCCGUUUGAACUGGAUGUCCUGCCCUCCUGUCCUCCUGCCCUACCUUCCCAUGCCCCGGGUCUUGAAGCCACUGUUUCCCAGGUCCCCUGGCAGGGAGCCGGCUUCCCCUGAGCUGACCAGGAAGCCCCGUUGCUUUCCUGGAGGUGGCAGGAACUGGGUCGGGCACAGCCCCCAGCCACAAGUCCUUAAAUAAAGCAGCCAGUGCAGAUCCCUGGCUCGUGGUGCA